UCCCGAAGCUGGGCCCCGGAACCUUGACGCUAGCUCUCUCACGUUCAAGUAAUGACAAUGAGGGAUGAGAACAACGUGAAACAGAACUUGUUUUAUACAUACACAUACAAUCAGUCACCCACUUCAACAUUGUUGGCAAUUAACCAUGUUGAUCAUCACUACCAUUGGGAUCUUAAUCUCCCUCCUCUGUUCACCAUCUACUGUUUUCUCCACCAGAUUACUCGAUAGGCUCUAUCUCCCUUCAUCACUCACAGGACCCGAGACCUUAGCGUUUGAUUCCAUUGGUGGAGGCCCUUACACCGGUGUUUCUGAUGGAAGAAUUAUGAAAUUUGAUGAAUCAGAUCCUUGCCGUUGUUUUGUUGAAUUUGCUCACAUCACCCCAGACAGGAACAAGACAAUGUGCGAUGGCAUUUCUGACUUCUCAUCACUGCAAGAAACAUGUGGAAGGCCUUUGGGACUGAGUUUCAAUUACAACACAGGGGACUUGUAUAUCGUUGAUGCUUAUUUUGGGCUUCUGAAGGUUCCUUAUGAUGGAGGUGCUGCAACUCAACUUGUUGCUGAUAAUGAAGGUGACCCUUUUGGGUUUCUCACUGCUGUUGACGUGGAUCCUCAAACUGGAAUCGUUUAUUUCACAGAAGCUAGCUCUACUUUCAAGAUCAGGGACAUCUAUGAGCUGCUAAAUAGUACAGAUCGUUCUGGAAAACUCUUCAGCUAUGAUCCAAAAACCGAAGAAACCUCAUUGCUACUCGAUGAUAUUGCUGUGGCAGCUGGUGUGGCAGUAAGCAACAACGGUUCCUUUGUCCUUGUUAGCGAGUACAUGGAGAACAGAGUCCUGAGAUUCUGGCUCACCGGACCGAAAGCGAAUUCUGUAGAUCUAUUCUUGGAGCUUCCAGGGAAACCAGACAACAUCAAGAGGAAUUCAAGGAACGAGUUUUGGGUGGCGGUUAACUACGCUUUCGGCCAACCUCCUCCCCCAAUGCCUCCUGUUUUGCCUAUGGGACUCAGGGUCAAUGAGGAAGGGACAGUUUUACAGGCUGUGCCUCUUGUUCAGGCCUUUGGGACUGAAUCAGUCAGUGAUGUUCAGGAGUCUGAUGGGAAACUCUACGCGGCGUCGCUUCGUCUUUCUUAUGCUAACGUUCUCACUGUCUAGCUUUAAUCCCAAUGCUGUGUUUUCAUCGAUGUAAUAUAUAGACAGACUCAGAUUUAUAAUGUUGUUCGUCUAAUGAUUUGCAGCAUAGUUUGUGGUA